AUGGGCUGCGGCGCGUCGCGGGUCGCGCAUCAUCACGACGACGACGCGAGGUCGCGCGAGCGCCAGAGCUGGGCGUACGGCGGCGGCACGCCCGCGUCGCCGUGGUCCUCGCUCGAGGACAAGCUCGGGCACGAGCUCGAGGCGGAGCGACGCGGCGACGGGAUCCCUCGCGCGGAGAUCGACGCGAUGCGCGCGGCGUACGUCGCGGCGCUGCGCGAGUACGGCAGCGGCGACGCGAAGCGCGGGCGGAAACUCUCCGCGAACAAGCUCGGCAUGCUGCAUCCGGAGGCGCGAGGGAAUCCGCUCGCGCCGCGCAUCUUCGCGUCGUUCUCGUCCACGAGGGACGGCAAGCUGUCCGAGGAGGACUGGAUCGCCGCGUGCGUCGUCAUGCACGGCGAGUUCGGCAGCGUCGCGAACAAGGCGCGGACGGCGUUUCAGGCGCGUUCACGUUUAAUACGCCGGUUCCCACCGUACGACCGCGUCGGCGCGUACAACUUCGACGGCGUCGGCGACCUCUCCGAGGACGACCUGCGGCGAGCCUUCGGGGUCGUGCUGGGGGAGGCGCUGUCCGCGCAGCAGAUCGAGGUGCUCGUGCAGAACAUGAUGCGCAAGUUCGACGACAACGGCGACGGGAUGAUCGACGAGGCGGAGUUUCGAAGGUUUCUCUCCGCGGAGGAUUACGAGCUGAGGUGCGUUCUAUACACUGGUCCCCAUACGACCGCGUUGGCGUGGUGA